UUUUUGAUGAGAGACGCACAUACUCAAGUUAUCUCCCUCUAGCAUGUGGUGGACCGUGCAACACCCUGACACACACACACACACACACACACACACAUGACACUUAUACAGACAGCAUGCUACGUAUGAAGACUGAGCCUGAGUAUGAAGAAAAAACGAGAAUCAUGUUUAUUGCCUGUUUUAGUUGUGGCCUGUCUAGUGUCCAUAAUGGGUGGUUCAUCUCUCUCUAGCCCUAUUCUGAUUGGUCCAGACAAGGCCUACCUGAACUCCAAGGUAGUGUUCCUAUGUAGGUCACCUGGGUCUCCUCCACCAAACACAUACGAGCUCCUGAAGGACGGCAACCACCUGGUCGCCACGAGCAACGACCUCCAAGACAACCAAUCGGCUACGUUCUUCCUGAAGAUCUCUGUGACGUCAGAAGGAUCGUACCACUGCAGGGUGACGGCAGGUGGAAACCUGGGCCUCAGUGGAACAGUCCGCCUGCAAGUAGUGAUCCCUGUCUCAGGCACUAUGGUGACCUCUGACCCUGAUCCUCCCAUUCUCUACGAGGGGUUGAGGCUCACUCUCACCUGUGAUGUCACCAAGGGCUCCCACCUCUCCUACACCUGGUUCUACAACAGACAGGAAGUGACAUCAUCUCCAACCUCACCUUUGACCCCGCUUCUGCUUUGGCCGGUGGGGAACACGCUGGUGGUGGAGAGGGUCACAGCAAAGCAUGCUGGGAAUUAUUCGUGCAUUGCCGGGACCAGGAUGCAGACCAACAGCAGGUUCUCCAGCAGCAGAGAGGUCAUGGUUAGGGUCAAAGCCUAUCUCUCCGUACCCCAAAUAUCCUUCACCAUCUCCAAAGAGGGUUCGAGUUUCUGCGGCAAUGUGACCUGCAGGUCAUCAAGGGGAACCCCUCCCGUGACCUUCUACCUCUUCCUUGACGACAAGGAGGUGGGUUCCGACGUGGCAACGGAGUCGCUGGUUGCCUGGUUCCCUGUUGCCAUGGUUCCCGGGCGUGACAUGGGCACGGUGCGGUGUACAGUGGAGAGUGAUGCACAGAGACUGACCAGCAGACCCCUGACUCUGGUAGUGGUCCCAGUAGGAGGCUCACCAAAGGUGGAUGUGGAGUACCUUUACAGGGUUGAUUCCAAGAUGGCCGCCGCUCGUCUCCAAUGCCUCCUGAGCCUCGGGACAUUCCCUUUCUUCUCCUGGUCCCUCAAUGGCUCCCUCCUCCUUCACCCCUCAGAGGGAGACUCCUCUCACCCCUCUCAUUCCCUGGCGGACGGAGGGCGCACCCUAUUCCUCACCGAGAUCACCCUAGAGGACUCUGGGUAUUAUCGGUGCAGGGCAAGGGACAGUUAUGACGUAACGUCCGCCUGGGUGGAAAGCCAACCUGUCCUUGUGCAGGUCACAGAAGUUUCCACGACAACCAUAGAGGUCAUGGCCAUAGUAUUCUGCUGUUUCCUCAUGCUGACCCUGGCAGGGGGUGUGGCCUGUGUGAUGAGGAUGCUCAACCGCCAACGAGUGAAAGACGAUUCAGCGAACAUUUCUGCAUCAUUCCAGAUCCACUUCCUCUGUCUGACAUCACUACCAGGUCAGGGGUCAAGCAAGUGGACACUUCCUGUGUUGACAAUGAUGUUGAGAAUCAGACCCUUGAGAUCACAAUAUAACCGACGUGAUGAAAUAAAACCCAACUUUAGACCGACGAGUUUCUCACAAAAUAAUCCUUCAAUGUCAUUUUAUCCAACAAACUAUUUAUAACGUUUUUUUCAAACACUUCAGCCCAUUUUUCAGAUUGAAGUGUUAUAUCUUCAAAACUCUUACAACAAAACUCAAAACUCAUAUUGAUUGCAGUACUCACGGGGGUAAUACACUCCACUGCUGCCUCACGGGGGUAAUACACUCCACUGCUGCCUCACGGGGGUAAUACACUCCACUGCUGCCUCACGGG